AUGUCAGAUGACAUCCAGUCGGGGACGGGGAUUCCGCUUCCGUGCACGAAUCCGAAUGUGCGCAGCGCUGGCAUUUUUCAGGCACAGCCAGAGUACCGGGAGCGCUUGGUGGCUUGGGCUGCUCAGGAAUGCCAGGGGCAAAAAGAUCCGUCCGCCAUUCAGCAAGCUAUCCUGCAGGCAAUGAAGGUCACCCCUGCAGCAACUUCAUCGAGAGGCCAGAUAUCGACCAAAGUCCCGAGCGCCACCGCCAAGCCUUCACAGCCUGCAGGCCCGGUGCGUGGCAGCUGGCUGCCGAAGGUCUUCGUGCGGGAGUUCAAUGCAGAAGGUGACGAGGUGGAGCCAGACUCUGGUGAUGAUGUCUUCACGGGAGGAGCGGCGAUUGCAUGA